CGACGCGAUUCGCCGGAGUAGUAUCGGCCGAUAUUGUUGUUGUCAGUGUGCCACAGCCAACCGAGGGGGGAACAACGACACAUCGUUUUCAGGAUAUAAUAUAUAUGUUGUAUAAAGCCCAAAGUUUCAACGAUUUUGUCGCAGAUAAAGAAUAGUUUGACAGUUUAUUUUAAUUUUAUUCCUCCCACCCGUCCCUUCCCGCGAAAAACAUUAUCUCGUGAUUCGACUCUCGGAGGAAAUCGGUAUCACAUUUGAAAGUCGCGAAAAUCAUCUGUACAGGCGGGCACCCGUGGUAUUUCAAUCGAAAAAGUGCUUUUUGAAAAACCAAAAGUAAAAACAAAAAGGAGAAGAAGAAAAAAAAACAUUUGCGCGGCAAGUACCGAGGAUCAGUAGAGCCGGACAUAAAAUUAAGAGUAUAGCAGGCAGUAGCUCCGUACCUGCGUAUAUAUGCAUCAGCCAUGAACCUGUCAUUCGCUGGCUGUGGCUUCCUAGGCAUUUACCAUGUCGGAGUGGCCGUUUGUUUCAAACAGUACGCGCCCCACCUGCUCCUCGACAAGAUAAGCGGCGCCUCGGCCGGGGCCAUAGCGGCGUGCUGCUUGCUCUGCGAUCUGCCCAUCGUUGAAAUGACGGCCGAUGUCCUCAAAUUGGCCAAAGAAGCGAGAAAGGGCUCCCUCGGUCCUUUCCGGCCCUCCUUCAACGUGCAGGACAUCCUCCUGGAGAGCUUCCAAAAACUCAUGCCGGAGGACGUGCACACCCGCGUGAGUGGAAAACUUCACAUAUCCCUUACCCGAGUGUACGACGGGAAAAACGUGAUAGUCUCGCAGUUCAAUUCCCGAGACGAUUUGGUGCAGGCGCUGCUCGCGAGUUCCUUCAUACCGUUUUUCUGCGGCUUACUGCCUCCGAGGUUUCACGGCAUCCGAUACAUGGACGGAGGCUUCAGCGACAACUUGCCGACCCUCGACGAGAACACCAUCACCAUCAGUCCCUUUUGCGGCGAGAGCGACAUAUGCCCGAGGGACGUUUCUUCGCAGUUGUUUCACGUCAACCUCGCCAACACGAGCAUCGAGCUGUCCCGGCAAAACAUGUACAGGUUCGCCCGAGUCCUGUUCCCUCCCAACCCCGAGAUUUUGUCCAACAUGUGCAAGCAGGGCUUCGACGAUGCCUUGAGAUUUUUAACUCGCAACAACUUGAUUAACUGCAAUCGGUGCCUCGCGGUGCAGUCGACCUUCGUCGUUUCGGAGACCAUCGAGGACCCGGGCUCGGAGUACGACCCGGAUUGUUUGGAGUGCAAGAUGCACAGACAGGAAGCGUCGGUGGCCAAUCUCCCGGAGACGAUACUCAUGAUAUUUCAGGAAGCCAUCGACUCGGCCAACAAGGGUAUCGUCAAUUGGCUCUUCAAGCACAAGAGCGUCCGGCUGCUGUCGCUGCUGAGUUUGCCGUACACUUUGCCCGUCGACGUCGUCUACGUCACGUUCACAAAGUACCUCUUCAACAUCCCGAAGAUACAGAAAGUCGUCGUGGACAUGGGAAGGUACUUUUUGGAGAAUUUGAGCUUCGUUUUUCCAAACGUCAACGUCUGUUAUCAGCCGAUUCCUACGACUAUCAAGUACAGAGUGAACAUCGUGGAUUACGAUUAUGAAUCAAAUAUCUACGGCGUCGAGUCUAAUGACGAAUGUAUUUACAAGCAGCACAAAGCCAAUGUAAAUUUAACCCUCGAGUACGAUGACGCAAAAUCAUGGUCCAGUUGCCAACAGUCAACAAAUUGCGUUAUAAACAUGUCAAGCCUGACGACGCCGACAACUGAGGAAACCUUCGAGAAUAUUUUGCAAGCUACCAUGAAACAGGAAACUCUGAUGGCUUACUAUUACGUGGAGGAGGGCAAUGACGUUAGCAUUAAGGAAGUCGUCGAUGGUGAUCAGGAACACAAACUCAGGGCACUCGAAUUCGACGACAAACGGGACAUUAUGAGGAUGGCUCAACAAGAUGCCGAGAGUCACGUUAGAUGAAACCCGUGAAUCCAGGACAAUUAAUUUUGAAUCGGAAAAACAAAAGCUUAUCCCGAUUACGAAUCGUAGCUUUCAAAUUUCCUUAACGAUUGACCAAAGUGUGAAAGUAGGUUUUACAUAAGCUAGUCUAAAAGAAAUAUUUUUGAUACUGAACUGAAAGGAUUGUUUUGCGAUAAAACUAUUUUAAGUUGAAAACUAAAGAAUUGUCGGAAUGGAAGUAAAAAAAAGCAUAUCCAGUAUUUUUUUUUUUUUUUUUACAAUAUCGAGUCUAAAAAUUUUAGACUCUGUACAAAGGCUGCAGUUUAAAAAAUAUACCCAAAUAAGUAUAUUUUUAUACGUGCGAUUUUAUAGAUUAGCUAGCAUAAUUUAACAGUAAAGAUAAUAGUAUCACUGUGACAAAUUUUUAAAAUAAUCUCUAGAAUCUUUUUAGUCAAUUGUUAGUCAAAUAUUUUUUACUUGCAACUAUAGUUUUGAUGUAUUAGGACUUAUCAAGAUAGAUACUGUAGAUUUAUUAUUUAAGACGAUGUUGUACUUUUCUAAAUUCUUGAUCUUUGUUUGAAGUUAUUUUUCAGCUAUUAAAAGAAGGAACGAGUAAACCAGCACUCGUUCUUCUAUGCGCCAUUAAUUUUAAAUAAUCAAAGAGAAUAAAUAUAUAUUUUUGUAACAUAAAGACUGCGU